ACCAUACUUUAACAUUUUAUAUAAUGUAAAAAGAACAGAAAAUUCUAAGGACACACAUCUCCAAAAAAAUGCAUGAUUGAAGGAGUUUGCUUUUGAAAUUAUCUAGAUGCUCCAAAUUUAUCUGUUUAUAAAUUUAUUUUGCCCACUUCUAUACUUUACUGAAUAAAGUGGCAAGCAUGAUAGUAGUAUUUCCUCACUUUACUACCAAAUCCUCUGGUUUUUUCUUGGGCCUGACAACAUCUCUCUGAGUGUAGUUGCAUUGUAGUCAGUUGUUGCAGUGGUGAGCAUGAGGAAAUUUAUAUAAAAGUACUAUUGGCAUGUGAGUGAGUUUGUGUCACAUAAUACCCAAGAAUCCCAGUUCAAGAUUUGGGUGUUUUCUUGAAUCUUUCAAAAUCUUAGCCCAUUUGUAGUCCUCUGGUUGACACACUUGAAAUCCAUUUUUUUUCAUUUUCUGGAAGAGGAGCAUGGAGACAAAAACAGCACAAGCUGUGUUUUGUUUUGUGGUUUUCCUUGGCUUAUGGACUUCUGUUAAUUCUUUGCUUACUGCUAAAGGUGUCAAUCUUGAAGUGCAAGCUUUGAUGAGUAUUAAAGCUGCUUUGAAGGAUCCUCAUGGGGUUUUAGCAAAGUGGGAUUCUGAUGCAGCUGAUCCAUGUAGCUGGACAAUGGUUACCUGUUCACCUGAUUAUCUAGUCAUUGGCCUAGGAACUCCAAGCCAGAGUUUAUCUGGUAUUCUUUCUCCAAGCAUCGGUAACUUGACAAAUCUUCAGUCAGUGCUAUUGCAAAAUAACAAUAUAUCAGGGCCACUUCCACCUGAACUUGGGGGAUUAUCUAAACUUCAAACACUUGAUCUUUCUGAUAAUCUCUUUACCGGUAUUAUUCCUUCUUCGUUGGCCAACCUUGCAAGUCUACAAUAUCUGCGGUUAAAUAAUAACAGCCUCUCUGGAGCAAUUCCUUUAUCUAUGGCAAAUAUGACACAGCUCACCUUUUUGGACUUGUCUUCUAAUAAUUUGAGUGGUCCUGUACCAAGGUUUCUUGCCAAAACAUUCAGCAUUUUGGGAAACCCCAUGAUAUGUGCAACUGGGAAAGAGCAGGACUGCAACGGAUCAAAGCCGAUGCCACUGUCUCUAAACUUAAAUAAUCAAAAUCCUCAAUCUGCUGGGAGAUCCAAAAGUCACAAGAUUGCGCUAGCCUUUGGAUCAAGCAUCGGAUGCAUCUGCCUUCUUAUCAUAGGUUUUGGUGUUCUCCUUUGGUGGAGGCAAAGGAAAAAUCAACAGAUAUUUUUUGACAUAAAUGAGCAACGUUGCGAAGAAGUCUGUCUUGGAAAUAUGAGAAGGUUUCAGUUCAGAGAACUUCAGGUUGCAACCCACAACUUUAGCAGCAAGAACAUACUUGGCAAGGGUGGUUUUGGAAUUGUAUACAAAGGGCAUCUCCAGGAUGGAACUAUCGUAGCAGUAAAAAGGCUAAAGGAUGGAAAUGCAAUAGGAGGGGAGAUACAAUUUCAAACUGAAGUUGAGAUGAUAAGCUUAGCAGUUCAUCGGAAUCUCCUUAGACUCUAUGGUUUCUGUAUGACUACAACAGAAAGGCUUUUAGUGUACCCUUACAUGUCAAAUGGAAGUGUUGCCUUGCGUUUAAAAUCCAAGCCUGCACUGGACUGGGGAACGAGGAAACGCAUAUCAUUGGGAGCUGGAAGGGGUUUAUUGUACCUUCACGAGCAAUGUGAUCCAAAAAUCAUUCACAGGGAUGUGAAGGCUGCAAAUAUACUGCUUGAUGAUUACUGUGAGGCAGUUGUAGGAGAUUUUGGAUUGGCAAAGUUGUUAGACCACAGGGACUCACAUGUCACUACAGCAGUCAGGGGAACAGUUGGGCAUAUAGCUCCUGAAUACCUUUCAACAGGACAGUCCUCCGAGAAAACAGAUGUUUUUGGGUUUGGGAUUCUUCUUCUAGAGUUGAUCACAGGCCAGCGAGCUCUUGAAUUUGGAAAAGCCGCAAACCAGAAGGGAGCUAUGCUCGAUUGGGUUAAGAAAAUUCAUCAGGAGAAGAAGCUUGAUAUGUUGGUGGAUAAGGACUUGAAAGGCAAUUAUGACAGAAUCGAGCUCGAGGAAAUAGUACAAGUAGCUCUACUAUGCACCCAAUAUUUACCAGGUCACAGGCCAAAAAUGUCAGAAGUGGUUCGGAUGCUUGAAGGAGAUGGCUUAGCAGAGAAAUGGGAAGCUACUCAAAGAGCAGAGGCUACAAGGUGCAGAGCCAAUGAGUUCUCUUCCUCAGAGCGAUAUUCUGAUCUUACGGACGACUCUUCUGUGCUUGUCCAAGCAAUGGAGCUAUCUGGACCAAGGUGAUAGAACACUAAAAGGUUUAUUAUGAUGUCGAAGAAUCUUAUGGAAUGAGGCUUGUGUACAGUAGGCUGCAUAAAUUUAAAGCUUUAUAAACUAUUUUAAACAAUUACGACUGUACAAAGUCUGAUACCUGUUGAGUGUCAAAUGUAAUCUUGAUGAAGAUUCAAGCCUGUAAAAAUAAUGCUUCUAGUAUAUGAAAUGGCAAGCAAAGCUAUUUGACCAUGUUA